AUGGAAGGGAUUGAGCACAAGAUGGUGAAUGUGAAUGGCAUAAACAUGCACAUAGCUGAAAAAGGUGAAGGCCAAGUAGUACUAUUCCUCCACGGAUUCCCCGAGCUUUGGUACACAUGGCGCCACCAAAUCCUGGCCUUCGCCGCCUUAGGUUACCGAGCCGUCGCACCGGACCUUCGUGGCUUUGGCGACACCGAUGCUCCUUCAUCCAUCACCAGCUACACCUGCCUUCACGUGGUGGGUGAUAUGGUGGCUCUGAUAGGGUCCCUCGGCGUUGAUCAAGUGUUCUUGGUGGCGCACGACUGGGGCGCCAUGGUUGGCUGGUAUUUGUGCAUGUUUCGACCCGAUUUGAUCAAGGCUUUCGCGUCUUUAACUGUGCCCUUCCGGCCAAGGCAUCCCAUAUUGAAGCCUAUUGAGGGCAUGCUAGCUUUCUUUGGUGAUGACUAUUAUAUGUGCAGAUUCCAGGAGCCUGGAAAGAUGGAAUCAGAAAUUGCAGAAUAUGGAGCUGCAGCUGUGAUCAAGAAAAUUCUUACUGAUAGUAAACCGGGUCCUCCCAUCUUACCCAAACAAAACCCGUUUGGGAAUCUCCGUGACAUUGAUGAUAUCAAAUUACCCGCAUGGUUUUCAGAUGAAGAUCUCAAAUAUUAUGCUAGUAAAUAUAACCACAAUGGAUUCACUGGAGGAUUGAACUAUUACCGUGUACUUGAUCUAAACUGGGAACUAACUGCAGCAUGGACAGGAGCACAGAUAAAAAUUCCAGUUAAAUUCAUUGUGGGGGAUCUGGAUAUGGUGUACACUACUCCAGGGAUGAAGGAAUAUGUACAUGGAGGUGGGUUCAAAAAUGAUGUGCCAUUAUUGAAGGAAUGCGUCGUGAUCCAAGGAGCCGGUCACUUCAUCAACCAAGAGAGAGCCGAGGAAGUUAAUGCUCACAUCCAUGAAUUCAUUAAGGAAUUCUCAACUUUUUGA